GAGUGAUGACAAAAAUGAUUUGGAAAAUAGCAUUGUAUUUCACCAAGAUGGCUAUGAAAUGGACUUCAACCCUUCUGCUGCUACAGCUGACUUGUUGCUUCAGCUUUGGGAGCUGUGGCAAGGUGCUGGUUUGGCCGACAGAAUACAGCCAUUGGAUUAAUAUGAAGACAAUCCUGGAUGAACUUACCCAGAGAGGUCAUGAGGCAACGGUUCUGACAUCUUCAUCUUCCAUUCUGGUCAAUCCCAACGAAAAAUCCACUAUUAAAUUUGAAGUUUAUCCUACAGCUACAACUAAAGAUAACUUUAAGAAUGUUUUCAUGCAAAUGAUAAACAAAUGGAUAUAUGACAUUCCAAGAGAUACAUUCUUCGAAUAUUUUUCACAGAUGCAAGAAAUAAUUUGGGGUUAUUUUGACCAUAUUCAAAAGUUAUGUAAAGAAGUAGUUUAUAAUAGGAAACUUAUGACAAAACUAAAGGAUUCAAGAUUUGAUGUCGUUCUUGCAGAUGCUAUUGGUCCUUGUGGGGAGCUGCUGGCUGAAUUUCUUAAUGUAUCCUUGGUGUACAGUCUUCGUGUCUCUCCUGGCUACACAUGGGAAAAGUACAGAGCAGCUGUUCCAUUCCCUCCUUCCUAUGUACCUAUCAUAAUGUCGGAAUUAACAGAUAAAAUGACAUUUAUGGAGAGGGUCAAAAAUAUGAUAUAUGUGCUUUAUUUUGACUUUUGGUUCAAAUCAAUUGAUGAAAAGAAGUGGGAUCAGUUUUACAGUGAAGUACUAGGAAGACCCACUACAUUAUUCGAGACCAUGAGGAAAGCUGACUUAUGGCUUAUUCGAACCUUCUGGGAUCUUGAAUUUCCUCGCCCUCUCUUACCCAAUUAUGUUUUGGUUGGAGGACUCCACUGCAAACCUGCCAAAGCCCUGCCUAAGGAAAUGGAAGACUUUGUCCAGAGCUCUGGAGAAAAUGGAGUGGUGGUGUUCUCUCUGGGGUCAAUGGUCAGUAACAUGACAGAAGACAGGGCCAAUGUGAUUGCAUCAGCUCUUGCCAAGAUUCCCCAAAAGGUCAUAUGGAGAUUUAAUGGCAAGAAACCAGCAACUUUAGGAACCAACACUCGGCUAUACAAGUGGAUUCCCCAGAAUGACCUUCUUGGUAAGACUCUGGAGAAGAAAUACUUUUCCUUUUCCUAAUACCAAUACCACCAC